AUGCUCCGACGGGCGCAUGCCACGAGGAUUUGUGGCACCGUGAGAGCAGUUCUUGGUUAUGCGGUACCUUCGAGGGCACGAUCACACGUCACAGCCGCCAGUGACUCGACAGCUCCAACGGAAGCAGCGAUAGACGACAUCGUUGCCUGGCUGCAGAAAGACCUCCUUCCGGCAGUUACCGAGACAGAGGAACCAAGCUCUUAUAUCGAAAAGGAAACUGAACCAAUACAGCAUCUUACCAACUCGCAAGCUACCGAUAGCAGCGCGCAUGAGAAAGCGGGUACGGAGCACCCGGUACCAGCGGCGUCCUCGGAGAGCGUUUCGACCGCGGGAGCCGCGGGUGCUCCUGCGACGGCACCGCUAGGUGCGCUCGCCGCUCUGGUAAACACAACUUGCCCGGGAUUUGUGCGGGGCGAUCCUAAGGCUUCGCUGGUUCCAAGAACUGCGGACGCUCUCCGACCUAUCGCGCACGCGGAGGAAGUCAUUCGAGUCAACGUACGAUUAACAAACCGCAAAACUUUUCGCAGUAUUCUAGACUGGACACUCGAUGACUACGUUCAAGCGGCGAAGAGCAUUCAAACUUGGGAUCGAAGGUUUCUUAUCUCUGUGUACUCGGGGUUAAUACCGCACACGCGUAUCCACGGGAUCCUCAUGCGCCAACGGAAAUACCCGGAGGUGCUCAAGGUCCUCGAUAAGGUUGUGACGAAAACUCCGGCUUCAGUACAGUACAGCUGGAUCGCUGCUUUAGAACAAAUCUUUAGUUUGCAGCGGAUUGUAGAGUUACCGCAGAGCCCACCAGCGGAGUACCUGGAACAGCGGAGAAAGUGCGCUGAGCGAAAACGUGCCGCGAUGGGCACGGUCCCGGCGCGGCCGCGGCGCCUCUGGACCGUAGAAGAGAACCGCCUUCUGCUCCGAAUCUUUCGAAGCAUUGGUCCAGACUGGAACAAAAUCGCAGCUGCACUGCCGGGGCGGUCGCCUUAUGCCUGUCGUGAUCGCCUGCAUCGAUUACUGGGUUCCAAAUAG